AUUGGUAUGAAAUUAUAAAAUAAAGAAAAUAAAUAAAAAGUCCUCAACGAUUCUGCAAAGACUUAAAGAAGCUUGGGAGAUUAUAGUGAAGAAGCAUUGUAGGUUGAAGGAAUUUGGUUGGCUCUCACACCCCACAUGGUAAUGAGGUUCAUCCCUUCUUACUCAUGUGUAUCUCAAAAACCCAUGAAUUUGAACUAUCUUUCUAAACACAUUGCUGCAUUAAGCAAAUACAAAACAGACAUAAAGAGGGGUUUCAUUGAACGGCCUCAAAUACUACCUUUAACUUCUAGAGAUGCUGUUGGCUUGCGUGUCUUUGUGCUCUCUGACUUGCACACAGACUAUGCAGAGAACAUGAGAUGGGUGAAGUCCAUAUCUACUGUGAGGCACAAGAAAGAUGUUAUUCUCAUAGCUGGUGAUGUGGCAGAAAUAUACGGAAAUUUUGUUUUGACUAUGUCUCUUUUGAAGGAUAGAUUUGAGCAUGUCUUCUACGUACCAGGAAACCAUGAUCUUUGGUGCCGUCGGGAAGGAGAAGAUUAUGUCGAUUCUCUUCAAAAGCUAAAUAAAUUGCUUGAUGCAUGUAGAGUACUUGGAGUUGAGACUAAUCCUAUGGUUGUAGAUGGCUUGGGAAUCAUUCCUUUGUUCUCCUGGUACCAUGAGAGCUUUGAUCGAGAGAAGGAUAUAACUGGCAUCUGCAUUCAAUCGUUGGAGAUGGCAUGUAAGGACUUUCAUGCAUGCAAGUGGCCUGCGGGACUUUCAAAUGGAGAUACCUCCCUGUCUUUGUACUUUGAUGCAAUCAAUGAAAAGAGUCUUAAUGUGGUCAAGGAAAUCCAGGGGACUUGUAGCCAAAUAAUUACAUUUUCUCACUUUGUUCCCAGGCAAGAGCUGUGUCCAGAGAAGAGGAUGCUAUUCUAUCCCAAGCUCCCAAAAAUUAUUGGCUCGGAUUAUCUUGAGGUUCGGAUAAGGUCUAUACAUGGAAUCCAGGGGAGUGGAUCUGCAUGUCAUGUGUUUGGUCAUACUCAUUUCUGCUGGGACGCUGUGCUUGAUGGAAUAAGGUAUGUACAGGCACCAUUGGCUUACCCAAGAGAACGCAAGAGGAGGAUGAAUGGGGGUGAAGAUUGGCUACCUUUUUGCAUUUAUAGUGAUGGAAACUUUGCUGAUAGACUCUCCCCAUGUUAUUGGUCUGAUUAUUAUUCUGCCAACCCAAGAACACCUCACAACACUGAGCUUGCUCCUUGGGUUGCCAGAUUCUACAACCAAACAUAAUGCUGUACAUUUACUAUACCCCACUUGUUUCUAUUCCCUAUUCCAAUGUAUAAACUCAGAUAUCUCUUUUGACGACUAUCUGUAAAAUGAUGUUACUUC